AUACCAAACGCGCUCUGCCUCGUCUACGAACCGGCGAGUUAAGCUACAUUGUUUUUCUCUGGCUAUGUGUUCGAUUCCAAACCUUUUUGCUUGAAGUAUUCAAAGGCAAAAAUAUCACAAUUGCCUAUGUACUGAAAUCAAGCUCAGCAGUUCUUAGCGCCGGAGUAUUGGCUCCAUUUGCCUUAAAUGGGAUUAGCGAUUUCUCUAAACGUAAACUCUUGAUGACCAGCGUUGCGAAAACUGGAUUUUUCUCAGAUGGUAAUUAUUAUACCAGCGCAUGUAUUUGUCUAAUCUCACAGAUGAUAGGACACACGGAAGCAUUUCCGCACCAGCUGCUAUCAUCAAAUCGGGUAAAUGGAUGCUGCUAACAGGCUCGCUAUACUAUUAGUCUGAUGGAUCGGGCUUCAGUCGCUUUACGCAGCCCUUCUGCACUACUUCGGAACAUUUCGCGCUAGAGGAUGACCCGACGUUAACCCGUUGGAAAGGCUGAGCCUCUGCAUGGGCAGUCCAGACUCAAAACUGGCUCUGGCUAAACGGGACCUUUGCUUUCCAACUAAAGUGUAACUUAUCCAGGCUAAUGGAUCUGAAGAGGGUGCUAUCUUUUCCACCAUACCCAGGGGAUUACCUGCAUCCCGUUGUGUAUGCAUGCACGGCAGUCAUGCUGCUCUGCCUGCUGGUCUCCAUUAUGACUUACAUAGUGCAUUUCCGUGUGAUCCGCAUUAGCAGAAAUGGAUGGCACACACUCCUCAACUUCCUGUUCCACACAGCAGUGACAUUCGGUGUGUUCGCAGGUGGUAUUAAUCAGAUCAAAAACCCAUUCUGCUGUCAAGUGGUUGGUAUUGUGCUCCACUACGCUUCCCUCUCAACUAUGCUGUGGCUGACAUUCACUGCCAGGAAUAUCUGUAAAGACGUUUCCAAAGCGCCACCACCGCAGGACAGAGAUGUGCCGAAACGGGCAAAAUCCAAGACUACUAUACUUAGAUUUUAUUUGGUCAGCGACGGGGUGCCUCUAAUAAUUGUCGGGGUCAUGGCAGGCGUCAACAUGGAGAACUAUGGCAGUCGGGAUGACGCCCUAUACUGCUGGAUGGCGUGGGAGCCAAGUCUGGGCAGUUUCUAUGGCCCCAUGGCCCUCCUGGUACUGGUCAUGUGCAUCUACUUCCUGUGGACCUUCAUCCAGCUCAAGCGCCACCCGGAGAGGAAGUACGAGUUAAAGCUGAUGACGGAGGAGCAGCAACGUUUGGCCUCAGCCGAGACUCUCCACUGCCACCAGACGGGGUCCGAUCCAGACGAGACAGGUGGUCACCACGACAGAUGCCAGCCAUUCAAUGUCUCGGUGCUGGCCAAUGAGCACUCCUUUAAGGCUCAGCUCCGGGCUACAGCCUUCACGCUCUUCCUGUACCUGGCCACAUGGGCCCUGGGGGCACUGGCUGUGUCACAGGGUCACUUCCUCGACAUGAUCUUCAGCUGCCUCUAUGGUGCAUUUUCCGUCACACUAGGGCUGUUCCUGCUCAUCCAGCAUUGCGCCAAGCGGGACGAUGUGUGGCAUCGCUGGUGGGCCUGCUGCCCGUCGAAAAGCAAGGCACAAGAGGUGAAUGGUGGCACGCUCACAGAAGGACAAGUGCACCAAGAGCACCCACAGCCAUCGCAGGGCCACUGCCACGCCGACUCGCCCUGCUCAGGUAAACAGCCGCUGCUGUCGCCACACCUCUUCCACACACCCGCCACACACUAUAAAACAACAACGUCCCCCUUUCUACAGCCAGCAUCGAGUCCGGGUCAGAAUCACUCAGGGCCCUGCUGCGUAGCAAUCCAUGGCAGCUCGACAGCACUCCUCGCCGAGGGCUCCCAGUCGAUCCGUCCACAGUCACUCCCUGACGAGCUUCCGCGUCCCACACUGCCCCUGCAGAGCUGCCUGAAGGACAGAACUAAGUCGCGCUCGUUCAACCGGACGCGGCCCAGCCUGAGGGACUACAACUACCACAUGGCCUCCACUAGCGUGGAUGGCAGCAUGCACAGUUCCCACCUGGACAGCCCACACAGUGUGCACCUGGACGGGCCACUGAUCUGCCACAGCCCGCACCCAGAUCUCCAGCUGCUCUGCCCCAGCCCUCAUCUAGAUAAACAGCUCGGUUGCCACAGCAUGCACAUGGGAAACUCCUGUCACAGUGUACAUGACGCGCUCUCUUACCACAGUGAGCUAGGACUCUCCCGUCAAGGAUCACUGCAUCUAGAAGGCCCGCCCUCCUGUCACAAGGGGCAAACCUGUUGCAGGCAGGUGUGUUGCCCCAAGGUGGACUCUUUUGCCACUAUCAUGCGCUGUCCCACAGAAUCUGAAACUUUUUCUGUGGCGGACCAGCAGCAAAAAGAAGACACAGACAAGUACAUCUGCACCCAGAUGGCUGACAAAGGAGGACAUGAGGAGGACAUGAUUCUUCACAUGGAGAUGGAGCCGUCCAGACAGGCUAAGCCUGCGCCUCAUGCUACUCUUAGCCGGAGAGGGACGAUUAGCCGCAACGGGAGCCUACAGGAGGAUUUUCUGUUUGGGUUGGACCCCACAGGUAAUGUAAGGACCGGGCCCUGGAAGAACGAGACCACUGUGUAGCCCCUUUCCACUGUGAUUAACUGCCAAACCCAAGACGUCCUGCUGAGAUGGAAACAAGUCCUGCUUAGACUGAGGCUCUUUUAAUAUGGAUCGUACCCCUCUUUCAGAACCAAACUACUGUGUAGUCAUUAGGGGCUGUGACCAUUUGUUUGCCUUUUGCCCCCUGAACAAAAACUACUGUGUAGUCCCUGUGCUGUGGCUUCCCUCAACACACCUCCCGCAACCCUUACGCCUACUACAAGAUCCACCUUUAUAUAAAUCUUUAUGUGUGGACAUUAAGAACCCACUCUUUGCAAACAACAUUUCCCAUAAAAGGUUUGCCCAUCCAUACAAUGACUAACCUGUUUACACCUGUAAUAUAUAUAUUUUUUCCUGUUCAGUGCCCUUUGUGGGAAGCCCAUAUGAAAGAUGUCCUUGGUGUUCACUUCAUAUUUAUAGUAGAUUUAUUUAUUUUCUGCACGUGUUAACACUUGGUUGUGUACAGUAUUCAUGUGUGAGUGCAUGUGUUUUGGUUUACAUACACAGAUAUGCACAUUUGUGUUAUGUAUCUAUGGUACAUGGGCUUUUGCAAUAAGACAACGAUGGCUGAGAUUGGUUGUAUCACUUUUGAUAUCCAUCUAAAUCACUACUGGAGGAAAAUCUAUAUUGCACCAGCACCACCUACCACGUUUUCACAUGAGAACAAAGUAGACAUAAUCACCAAUAACAAAUCACACUUUACCGUUAUUCUUAUUCCCAUUUUCACCUUUGCCCUUGCUUAUUCAUGUAGUGACAGAAAGUACAAACACAACAAACCAUAAUGCAGGUUUAUAAAGGUAACAAGCUAUUAAAGAAUCAUUAUUUACUGUAUACUAGUAUAAAAUUGUAUUUUUACAAUACAGUACAAAGAAUAGAAUUGACCAUCUGCAACAUCUGAGUAUGAAAGUUGCCUUACUGUAAACAGUUCCAAAACAAUUGCUUGUCUGUACAUCUUCUGUUUAAAAUGUUGCUCCCUUCCCAAUAUCCUUACAUCGGCUAGCUUUGAUGACUAAACCUUGACUAACUUUGCAUAGCCAACCUCACCAGAUAAUAGUAAGCUAUAUGGUGAUAAUGCCAGUGUUACCUGCCAAUUCAGAUUCAUUGAAGAAUCUGCCAUAUUGUUUUUAUUGCUCCAAUGCUAUUAGGGUCUUCAACGUAGUAGGGGAGGGACAGCUUUCUGAGUGAAAUCCAAUCCACAAUUAGCACUGCCAAGUCCAUUCUUUCUUCAUAAGGGCAGAAACAUAGUUUUAUGAAGUUUGAAAAUGUACAACAGUUUCAAUGCAGGACUGGUAAAGCCUGGUGAGAACCAGAUGUCUGGGAUGACAAAAAAAUGUGUUUCCUUGCACAAUGACAAAGCAUGUUUACAAAUAUUUAUUUUGGUUCCAGAUUUUUUUUUAUUUGUUUGGUACAUGAAUCUAACAUGUUGAAAAGCCAGUCAACGUCUUGGAAAUCCUGUCAAAGGGGCUGGUAGAGGGUUAGACAACAAACUCAACAAACUGGUUAUUUUCUUUAGAAAACAAAGACAGUUGAAUAGCCAACCUCUACACUAUGUAAACCGAGAGCAACAUCCUUAACAGUGCAGUUUGUCCAUCACAAGCCAGCAAAGUUCUAGUCUAUCCUGCACAAAUCCUAAUGCCUAAUUUGUUUGGUCCAUGGCAAGAAACAAACCCCAGUUGCAUACAUGACACUUUGCAUCUCUAACCACUACGCUAUUUUACAAUGGGAGUCAGUCAGUCAGUCACUGAGUAAGAGACAUUCGCUCUUCUUAGCCGGUUCAGCUUACGCGGUCCGGCAAAAAGUAUGGAUUUCAUACAACAGUUCAAACAUAGGGACAUGGUUGAGCAGUGUUAUUUUUAAAGUAUCAACCAAUCAGUGAAUCAGUGGGCAAUUAACACAAUCAUCCCCUCUUGUACAUUGUACCUUGGAGAGUUGAGUUUAGUUGAGUUUAGUUUUCAAAUAAUAAAUCAAGCCUCAUGGUGCAAAAAACAGAUGGUCAGAAAAAAGGUUCAAACCUAAUGGCACCUUGGGCAUAGAAUGAUUUAGGCUGCACAUUUUUUGUAAAAAAACUAAACAAACAUUUUUUUUGUCAGUAAGUCCAUAAAAUGUGUGCAGAGGGGUCGCUAGGAUCACAAUACAUUCGGGGCUUAGCCCACCCCCCCGCAAAGCCAGGGACAGAAAGUACGAUUUGAAUGUACAUGCGAAAACUACACGUCGGCCUACACGUCUACAAUGUGUGAUCGGAAUUACAGAUUAAUUGAUCAGGGGCUAUUUUUAUAUUAUUUCUUUUGGUCAAUUUGAGAUCCGGGGCUAUUCAUAAAAGAACCGGGGCUAUAGCCCCGGAUGCCCAGGCCUAACUAUGCCACUGACUGUGUGUAUUUGUGGGCUGGGAAACAAUGUAUCUGGGAGUGUAUAUAUAGAAUGGAUGUCUGGCCUCUGUACAAAAUGUUUUGCAACUUCCCAUAUUCACAGGACUACGGCAUGUUUACAUAAUGCUAGUUUCCAAGAUAUGUCAAAGAACACUCAAGAAAAUUUUUGGUGUAAAUUUGCAGAUGUCGCUAACUUGAGGUAGCGUGCGCCACAUUUUUGUUAGAGCCCUCCAGAGGUUUGCUAGUUUGAAUUGUCAGAACUGUAUUUGUGUAUACUGUCUGUGCAGUUUGCACGGAUAUAGCUUGAUUUUACGGCCAGGCACAAUCCUGAGUGGUACAUAUCAAACUUUCCAGUGUAAAUUAAAAUUCAAUGGAAAUUAUUAAUUAUAUCUAACAUUUUAUUCCCUCUCGUAGUGUAAACAAGCCCUAUGUCUGCAUCCAAUGUGGCCCCAUUCUUUUUGAAGCACUGCACUAAACAGGGCCUUUUUGAAUGCAGUGUAUUUUACCUCUAUUUUUGUUGUAGUUACAAGGUUACAUGUAAAGGGAGUCCUGAUUCUGCAUCAGCACAUACUGAUUAUCUUUAUACACCAAUCAGCCAUAACAUUAUGACCACUGACAGGUGAAGUGAAUUAUACAGAUAAUGUCGUUAUCAUGGCAGGGGGUGGGAUAUUGUUGAAGACUCAAAAGUCUUACACUAACUACAGUUGCUCUUAGUCUUAUGGUUACAGGGACCUUAUAACCUCUUAACCAAAAGGUGUGAAAACACAGGAGAACCAGCGCCAAAUUCUAAUGCCAUCUUCCUUUGUUUUCUCCAACAAUGAAAGAAAGAAACAGGCACUCCCACAUUUAUUCAAUUAGUUUCACCCAAAACUAAACUCUUGGUCUCAACAAUCUGUUGAUAUCCAGGAGAACAUUUACUGGUAACAAAAUAUAAAUUACAGUAUAUACUGUAUAACUGGUCUCUCAAUGCAAUCAAUGCACAUGAUAAAAACAAUCAAGGUAUACAAUGUGAAAUGACACCCCUUGAUUAGGCUUUUGUAAGAAUGGGGGGUGGGGUAUGAGACCCCAAAAUCAUGAUCUCAACAAUAUAUUAGGCAGCAAGUGAACAUUCUGUCCUCAACGUUGAUGUGUUAGAAGCAGGAAAACUGGGCAAGCGUAAGGAUCUGAGCGACUUUGACAAGGGCCAAAUUGUGAUGGCUAGAUAAAUGGGUCAAAGCAUCUCCAACUACUGCAGGUCAUGUGAGGUGUUCCCAGUCUGCAGUGUUCAGUACCUAUCAAAAUUGGUCCAAGGAAUAAAAGCGGUGAA